AUGGCCUGGCGCGCAGCAGGAGGUGCGCUCACUGUCGCUGGCGACGUCGCCAGCGCGUUUGGGUGUCCCAUACCUGCGCAGACGAUUCAGAACAUCGUGGAGGCUUGCGAAGCCACGGGUGUCAACCAGAGGAAGUGCAAACAGCUGGCUAAUCGCUGCCGGAGGCUGCUACUUACAAUUGAGGAACGUCAGCCCGAGUUACUGCGGAAUGAGAAGCUCAGAGCAGAGGUGGACGACUUGACGAAGUUAUCCUGUACUCCAUACACGACAAGAUCAAGAGCUGGCCUCAGUACAGUCGUAUAA